AUGGCGGCGACAGUAUGGCGCCGCGCUCUCCCCCGAAUUCUCUCACUCUCCUCGACCAUCACAGCGACACCGGCGGCGAUCCAAUCGCAUCCCUGGGCGGCCGAUUGUCCAAGAAAGCUCCUGCCACUGGCGGCGCGCUGGGAUUCUCGCCGCUUUGUCCAGCUCGAGCCGAAGAUCGACGUCGACAACAAAGUGGAUCCAUUUGGUCUAGUGGCAGAGGAGAUGGCCCAGUUAGGGCGGCGGCUGCGCGACAUGGUUGCCGCCGAGGUCCCCAAGCUCGCCUCCGCCGCCGAGUACUUCUUCAAGCUGGGCGUGGAGGGCAAGCGCUUCCGGCCAAUGGUCCUCCUCCUCAUGUCCUCGUCUCUCACCAUGGUCCUCCCCAGCGCCGCCGCCGCCACCAGCGAUGAGAAGAACUGGCGCCACCACAAGCUCGCGGAGAUCACCGAGAUGAUCCACGUCGCCAGCCUCCUCCACGACGACGUCCUCGACCACGCCGACACGCGCCGGGGGAUCGCCUCGCUCAACUUCAUCAUGGGCAACAAGCUCGCGGUCCUGGCCGGAGACUUCCUCCUCGCCCGCGCCGCCUUUAGCCUCUCCACGCUCCAGAACGACGAGGUGGUCGGCCUCAUGUCCAAAGUUCUCGAGCAUCUAGUCGCCGGAGAGGUGAUGCAGUGGACAGUGGACGCCGAGAAGAGCUCGAGCAUGGACUACUACCUCCAGAAGACCUUCUACAAGACGGCCUCGCUCAUCGCCAAUAGCUGCAAGUGCAUCGCCAUCCUGGCCGGGCACCCCAAGGAGGUGGCGGCGCUGGCCUUUGACUAUGGCCGCCACCUCGGCCUCGCCUAUCAGCUCGUCGACGAUCUCCUCGACUUCACGGGCACCAAGGCGUCGCUGGGGAAGCCCGCGCUCUCCGACUUGCGGGAGGGGAUUGCCACCGCGCCGGUGCUCUACGCGCUCGAGGAGCACCCGGCGCUACAGGAGCUCAUCGACCGGAAGUUCAAGGAUCCCGGGGACGUUGACAGUGCGCUCAAGAUGGUGCUGGCGAGCAAGCGCUGA